AUGUUGCAAUUAAUAUUAGUGGCUGUGGUGAUAGGAGGCCUGUUUUACUACUAUGGCGUUAAGCCCCUAAGAUAUUGGAAGGAAAGAGGUGUAAAACAGACCAAUCCAUGGUGGUUGUUUGGAGAUAACUGGGGAGUGGUUCUUCAAAGAGAAUCUUUCCCGGAUAUGAUUACUAAGGGAUACAACACGGCACCUGAAGCUAGGUAUAGUGGAUUGUAUCAAUUUACUUUACCAACACUUGUAAUAAAAGACCUCAAUUUAAUCAAACAAAUCGGGGUAAAAGAUUUUGAUUACUUUAUGGACCACCGUCCUUUUAUCCCGGAGAAAGCUGAUCCCCUAUGGGGUAAAAACUUAUUCGCCCUUACGGGACAAAGAUGGAAGGAAAUGCGACCAAUUCUUAGUCCAUCAUUUACAAGUAGCAAAAUGAAAUCGAUGUUUGUGCUGAUGUCGGAAUGUGGUGAAAAUUUAGUCAACUAUUUUAUGGAAAAAGACAAAGAUAGUACAGAAAUUGAAAUGAAAGACACAUUUACGCGUUUUACUAAUGAUGUUAUUGCCUCAGCAGCUUUUGGAGUGAAGAUUGAUUCUUUAAAAAAUCAUGAAAAUGAAUUCUAUCUUAUGGGAAAACAUGCAACAAAUUUCAAGGGUUUCUGGAAGACCAUGAAGUUCUUUGGAUAUAUGCUUAUACCAAAAAUAUGGGAGGUAUUUGGAAUAUAUCAGUUUACUUUCCCAACACUUCUAAUAAGAGAUGUAAACCUAAUUAAACAAAUCGGGGUAAAAGAUUUUGAUUACUUUAUGGACCAUUUCCCUUUCCUCCCGGAAAAGGCUGAUCCCUUAUGGAGUAAAAAUUUGUUCGCCCUUACGGGGCAAAGAUGGAAGGACAUGCGACCAAUUCUUAGCCCAUCGUUCACAAGCAGUAAAAUGAAAUCGAUGUUUUUGCUGAUGUCCGAAUGUGGCGAGAAUUUGGUCAAAUUCUUUAUGGAAAAUAACAAGAAUACUAUAGAAAUUGAAAUGAAAGAUACAUUUACUCGUUUCACUAAUGACGUUAUUGCCACCACAGCUUUUGGAUUACAGGUUGAUUCUUUAAGAAACCCAGAAAAUGAAUUCUAUCUCAUGGGAAAAGAAGCAACCGAUUUCUCUGGUUUCUGGAAAGGUGUGAAGUUUUUUGGAUAUUCGACUUUGCCAAAAAUAUUUGAGUUGGGACUAAGCCACAAGAUUAGCUUAUUCUCAACUAGAAUAGCAAAUUGA